AUGGACGUUGCUGUGGUCGGCUUAGGAGCCUUUGGGCUCGUGGCACUUAAGAACCUGAGAGAGGAGGGUUUUAAUGCGACCGGCUUCGACAGGAAUGACUAUGUGGGUGGUCUCUGGCAGUUCACAGAGAAAGAUCAAACAUCCGUCCUAGAAUCAACAAUUGUGAAUAUCUCGAAAGAGAGGGGCUGCUUCACAGAUUUUCCGUUUCCAAAAGGCAAUUCUCAUGCCUCUGCAGCAGACGUCCAAAAGUACCUCGCCGAUUAUGCGGCCCAUUACGAGCUUCUGCCUCAUGUACAACUUGGCGUGGACGUGUUGAGUGUAAUCAGAGAUGACGGCAAUAAGAAAUGGGUGUUGAAUGUCUCCGGAGCGAACACCGCAAACACACCUCUCUCCUUUGACAAAGUUGUAGUGGCCUCUGGGACCAACCAUAGGCCAGUAAUACCGGUUUUGAAAGGCCAAGAGUCGUAUAAGGGGCAAAUUCUGCAUUCUAGGGGUUUCAAAAGGCCAGUUGCUACCACAGCAAGGGUGAUGGUCGUUGGCCUAGGAAAUUCCGCAGCCGACACCGCCACGUCUCUUGUGUCAAUUGCGAAGAAGAUUCUCCUGUCUCACCGGCAUGGCGCGUACAUGAUACCGAGGUCACAGUCCAACGGAGAGCCGCUCGACCAUAUCCUCACGUACCGGAAAACCAGGAUGUCGCUAACAAUGCAGAGAUGCUUCCCGCGACAGUGGGAAGCCAUCAGUAAUAAAAUGCUGGGGAAGAUCCAGACCGCAUCUUUUAAGCUGAGACCCGAAUGGCGCAUUAAUCCUGCACCUUCCGUCGUGCACAACGUACCAACGGUGACGGACACCUUGAUACCAGCUUUGGAGAAGGGAGUGAUCGAAUCUGUUGAGAUCGCGACAGAAAUCACUGGCGAUUUCUCGGUGAAACUUGCAGACGGGAAGGUGGUUGAAGUCGAUAUCAUUAUAUGGUGCACUGGGUACCAUGUCGACUACAGUAUUGUUGGUGAGUUUGAUCCAACACUCGAGACCUGCCAUACGGAUGUGUCAAAUGAAGCUGUGGAAAUGGCGCCACCUACAUUUGGAAAACGGCCUACCUCCAACUCAAAGCCCUUCGAACCACCGAUUCCUAGACUAUAUCAAAAUCUCCUCUCUCUCACUCACCCGGAUUCUCUGGCUUUCCUCGGCACCGCAGCGAUUCCGUCGGCCGCGUUCCAGAUUUACGAUCUCGCGACUAUGGCUAUUGCACAAUUGUGGAAACCUGACGAUUUCUCACCAUCGCUUCCCUCGCGCCUUGAAAUGAUCACUUGGGUUCGUCAACACCUCAAUUGGGCAAACGGAAUCUUAGCCCGAGGAGGCUUCAAUACUCGCAUGGUCAACGCACCUGACUGGAGCGACUGGCUCGAUACAACGUCAGGUUGCCUUGUGACUGAGCAUUUAGGUUAUGGGCGCAAAGGCUGGACGUUCUGGUGGUACGACAGAAAAUUCUGCAACCUUCUCAUGGAUGGGAUAUAUAGUCCUCACGUCUAUCGCUUAUUCGACAGCCACGGCCGACGGAAAGCAUGGGGGGACGCCAAAGAGGCGAUCAUCGCUGUCAAUGAGGAGGCAGAAAGAAAAGCUGAUGCAGAAGCAUGGCAUGACCUCGCCAGCAAGGUUUCCACCCAGGAAGCUGGAGUUACAGUGGAGAGAAUGGUCGAUCGCAUGAAUGAGAUACUUUCAUUCGCAGUGGCGAGUGGCAUUCUCGACAACGGAUGUGGUUCGGGAACCAUCAUCUCGCACAUUCUUGCAAGGUAUGGUAACAGCAUUCCCGCGGCCGCCAGCAUCAUGGCCAGCGACUACAGUAAGCAUAUGCUUGACAAGUUGGCGAGAACACAGCAGGCGAAUAUAUCGGCAGGCAAUGAAUUCUGGGAGAGACUGCAGCUGCUCAAUCUUGAUGCCCACGAGAUGUCACGGAUAGCCGACAGCUCGGUAUCUCACGUUACAGGCGGACAUUUGUACUUUCUGCUGUCGGAUCCACGCAAGGCGUUGUCGGAGACAAGACGAAUCAUGAAAAAAGAUGGUGUGCUGGCGCUCUCGAGUGGCAAGGAUAGUCAGCACAUAGAUGCACUCCAGCAGGCAGUCGAACAAGUUAGGCCAGGGACGCACUUGAACAUAAUGUCGGGUCCAUGGUUCUCGAAAGAGGGUGUCGAAAACGAGUUGUUAGAAACAGGCUUUGUCGACGUAGAGACGAUGUUGGUGGAAUCUGUUCUUCACUACACAGAACAUAUUGAUCUGGCCCAGACACUGCUGCUGAUGCCCAUCAUGAAGCAUUUGAUGGGGAGCUAUGGCGAAGAUGAAAAGCGACACUUGCAGGAAAAAGUGGUCGAGAAUCUGCGUGGCAUCAAUCCUGCUGCGCCUGGAAGCCUCAAGGGAACGUCGAUCAUCGCAUUCGCGCGGAAGAGAUAG